UCAGUCUCCCACAUUUUACGAACGAGUUCGAGACAAGCACUCACCCAGACCGGAUCCCGAAGACCUUCACUUCGAAACGACAGACGGUCGAAAAAUCAAGAUGCCUUCCGCCGCAUUCAAGAAGGCUGCCGACGAUAGUCGCAAGCUCAAGACCAAGCCGGGCAAUGAUGAACUACUCGAGAUGUACGGCCUCUUCAAAGUCGCAAACGGCGAGGACAUUUCCAAAGCCACUCAACCAGGAAUGUUCGAUCUGAAGGGCAAAGCCAAAUUCAAGGCCUGGCAAAAGGAGGUCGACUCCAAGACGACCCCGGCCGCCGCGGAGAAGAAGUACAUCGACCUUGUCGGGAGCCUGAAGAGCAAAUAUGGCUACGAUGCGAACAAGGUGCCUGAGGCUCUUGGGGGUAACUGAGCACUAUACAACCAAUCCAUACGAUCCGCCUCGAAAUGAAGUCUGGUUUUGACAUGCGCUGGAACCAAUGAUUAGUACACGAGAUACCAACCUAUAAUAGCAUAGCGAAAUGCUUCAUGAAAGGAACUUAUCAUACACCAUGCUGUCAUGCUUUGUGGCUGCCACUGCAACACGCUCUCAGGCCCAGGCCGCCCAGUAAUUCUCUGA